UGCACUGCGCUGUCGACAGAUCAUCGUACGUCGGAUCAAGGAAAGACGUUUAUGGUUAACACCAGUUACUAAAAUGGACGAGUCGUCGCUCUUGGAUUUACUUGAAUGCUCCGUAUGUCUGGAACGGCUGGACACGACAGCCAAAGUGCUCCCUUGCCAGCACACCUUCUGCCGACGCUGCCUGGAGAACAUAGUCAGCUCCCGCAAUGAGUUGCGCUGCCCGGAGUGUCGGAUACUGGUAGACUGCGAGGUGGAUGAUUUACCAGCGAACAUUCUCCUGGUACGGUUAUUGGAUGGGAUUAAACAGCGACCGUGGAACGGAGGGAGACCGUCACUGACCGGGGUGUCCCUGGGAUAUGCAGCCGGUAUUUCAGCCUCACCUCCAGGAACAGCCAUCCGAGACUUGUCAAGUUCUACUCGGAGCUCCCCGGUCAAGAACAUACCUCAGCUUCCCUGUGGGAAAGCUCUCUACAGCUAUGAAGGCAAGGAGCCUGGGGACCUCAAGUUCAACAAGGGUGACAUCAUCAUCCUGCGCCGCAAGGUGGACGAAAACUGGUACCAUGGAGAACUGAACGGCAGCCAUGGCUUCCUCCCUGCCAGCUAUAUCCAGUGCAUCAAACCCUUAUCCCAGACGCCACCCCAGGGCAAGGCUCUAUAUGACUUUGACCUCAAGGAAAAGGACCAGGACAAAGACUGCUUGAGUUUCACCAAGGAUGAAAUUCUGACUGUGAUCCGAAGAGUGGAUGAAAACUGGGCAGAGGGCAUGCUGGGAGAUAAAAUUGGAAUAUUCCCAAUUUUAUACGUGGAGCUCAAUGAGCCAGCCAAGCAGCUGAUAGAGAUGGACAAGCUGAGCCCUGUCCCGGGUCCCAGCACCGAGCCCGGUUCUCCAGCAGGGCCAUGCUCCGGGCUGGGCUCAGGGCCGGCCUCCGCCCUGAACGGCAACGGCCCCGCCGCCGGCGUGAACCGCCGCAUCGAGGGCAAGAAGAACGCCAAGAAGCGGCACUCCUUCACCGCGCUCAGCAUGACCCAGCGCACCGCCCAGGCGCUCAUCAACCGCCACUCCAUGGAGAUCAGCGCGCCCGUGCUCAUCAGCUCCUCGGACCCCCGCGCCGCCGCCCGCAUCGCAGACUGCCCGCACCUGUCCUCUGGCUCGCCCCCACAGGACUCCCCCUCUUUUGUUGGGACAUCCAAUGCAGCUGCUGUGGUCCCACCAAGAAUGACCUCUAUGGCUGGGGAGAUGCUGGCCGCCGCUAAAAUCCAGCUGCCCUUGAACAUAUACCUGGCCUUGUACGCCUACAAGCCUCAGAAGGCUGACGAGCUGGAGCUGAGGAAGGGAGAGAUGUACCGGGUGACUGAGAAGUGCCAGGAUGGCUGGUUCAAGGGCACCUCCCUGUGCAGCGGCUCCUCGGGUGUCUUCCCAGGGAACUAUGUCACGCCGGUGUCCAGGGCCCCAUUCGCAAUGGGACAGUCCCGUGCCUGUCUCUCCAGUUCGGCCCCGGUCUCAAAGGUGGUCCCCAGCUCCCCCGGGUCGGCCGGGCCCUCCAGUCCAGUGCUCCUGGGGUCCGCGACUCGCCCCAUCCCUCCGCUGGCCAACGCCUCCUCGUCCCCGCCACUGCAGCCUGCAGCCAUGCACCUGAAGAACUGCCUGCGUGUCUCCGGCCAGCAGGCGACCGGCCAGGCCCGCGCCUCCAUGCAGCUGGUGCACAGUCCUCCCGCUGGCAGCCUGGAGCGCCCCACUGUAGCGGUCCCCCCUCUGCGCCCCCAUAGCUCCCCAACCCGCUCCCCGGGCCCCUCUGCGCGCCCGUUCUCCAUGGUGUCUCCCCAGCACCCGUCCCUGACCCCUGCCAUUCCCCUCACCUCCGCUGCCGCGGCCAUCACCCCGCCGAACGUCAGCGCCGCUCACCUCAACGGCGAGGUGCUGGCCAGCCCGCUGCAGCCCACCUCGCCUGCCCACCCCCAAGGUGCCGUGGCUAGCCUGCCCAAAAUGGAGGAAAGGAAAUCUGAAAAGAAAGAGAAGAAGAGCGGAGGCCUCCUGAAGCUGCUCUCGGGCGCGGCAGCGAAGAAGAAGUCCCGCUCCCCUCCGUCGGUGUCCCCCACCCACGAGCCCCAGCCGCAGGCGGCCGCCGAGGCCCUGGUGCACGGAGCCGUGGGGCCCGAGCUGCACUCCAUAUCCAGCCACGGCCGGGCAGGGUCCUGCCCCAUCGAGAGCGAGAUGCAGGGGGCCAUGGGCAUGGAGCCCCUGCACAGGAAGUCCGGGUCCUUGGACCUCAACUUCUCAGUGUCGCCCCCGGCGCGCCAGCCCUGUGCCUCCCUGCUCGCGUUCCGCCCUGAGCCCAAACCCUUGUCCCGAGAGAGGUAUCGCGUGGUGGUGUCCUACCCCCCUCAGAGUGAGGCAGAGAUCGAGCUGAAGGAGGGCGAUAUUGUCUUUGUGCACAAAAAGCGGGAGGACGGCUGGUACAAAGGCACCCUCCAGCGCACCGGGCGCACCGGCCUGUUUCCCGGCAGCUUUGUGGAGAGCUUCUGAGGGGGAAAGACUCGGUGCAGAGGCAGCCGCAGGACUGCCCCAGGAGAGGGCCUUUUCUAAACAGGCACUCAGAGGACAGCCCCCAAGAGACGGCAUUUUCUAAACGAUUGCUCAGACAAAGCGCCAAGACUGGGCCUUCUCCAGGCUCCUCGUGAGUGCUCAUUGGUAACAACAUGGAGAGGACUUUAGCCCAUUUGUAUGAAUAUACCUUGAAUAUACCAUCAGAAGAGGGGUGUUUCUGUAUGGGCACACAUGUGGCACACAUGUGGCCCCAUUGGUGUCCCCACAUUACUAACCUCAGAUGAUUGGCAUCAUAGCACAGGGAGCACAAACAGAUAAGAAGAGGAAAAUCCUAAUCAUUCACUGCCAGUGUUAGUGAUGUUACUUUCCCUCAAAGAAGAAAGCACAGAGAGGUCUUUAAUGCUGACUGCAGUCAAAUUCACCAUCAUAGACAGAUGCAUACAAAUGAGCCCAGACUGGUACGGAAAGAAGGGGUAUGUCACCGAUCCCCCAGAAUCCCCCACCCCCACCCCCAGCUCACACAGAGGCCUGGCUCCAGCAGUGCCUUCCAUCCCAGAGCUGCCGACACCAGAACCAGCAUCCCACCAUGGCACCCAGGACCGCCUGACCUCUGCUCUCCUGAGGGACCGCUGAAGCUUUUGCAAAUGUAGUGCUUUUUGUCAUCUCUAUUUUACUGUAAGUUAUUAUGAAACAGCUGCAGUGAACUGUAUGGAAGCUGCCUGCAUGGGUCACAGAGGAGACUAGGUCAGUGUUACUUAUGGGUUCGUAUCCCAGCCAAACCAGAGUGCACUAUAGGCAAAUGUCUCACAGUAAAGGUAGAGGGGAGCUCAUGAGAGGCCUGGGGAGGUCUGCACUUAAAUGCAGUGCUGCAGAAUAUUGCCUCGUUAUGUAGGAGGUUUGGAUUUUUGCACAUGAGAGGACUGGCAUUGAUAUGUUUACCUCCUUGUUGGUACAGUACAUUGUGACUAUAGUCAAGUCUGGGUGUAAUAUAUAAGCACAUCUUCAGUUCAUGAAGAACAUCUAGCCAACAUGACAGCUGUUCCCCAGGGGAAAAAAAUCACUCAUUGCUAGAAAGUUAAUAUAGCACACUUUAAAGCACAAUUUCUAUUUUACCCAUAAUGCUUGAAUUUUUCAUCAGCUAAACCUGACUGUUUACAAAUACAAUUGCUUAUUCUGGGUCAGGAGUACAUUUUGAAUACAGGCUACAUUUUAAAUGGAUGAACUUUGGAUUUGUGAACACUCUGAUCAUAAUAUAUACUGGCUGGCAA